AUGUCUACCGAGCAACAACGAGUUUGCGCGGACGAAACUCGACCAAUCAGGGCUCUUCCAAGCGUUCACGUCAUACCAUCGUUUCUUAUGACGACAUCCAAGGAACAUCAGAUUCCCUUGGUGCACAAAUUUAGUAGGUUGACAAGACUGCUGAAUACAACUGCACGUAUCCGACGGCUGAUUCCACGCUUUAAAGGUACUCGAAGAGACGAGGUUGUCACAGCUGAAGAGAAGGAGUGGGCACUUGAAUUGCAUAUUCGGCAAUCGCAAGGUAACGCGUUUAUAUUCGACAUUAAUGCACUUAAGUCUCGUUCCAGACUAGACGCUUCAAGUAAAAUACUGCCCCUCAAUCCGUUCCUGGAUGAAGGAGGCAUUCUACGAGUAGGUGGCCGACUUACCAAUGCUGAUUUACCAUUUGAACUACGGCACCCUAUAAUCUUCGCGCGUGACAGCGCAUUGGCAACCUUGCUCAUCCAUGAUGCACAUAUACAAAGCUUGCAUGGUGGCAUACAGGAAAUGCUACAGUUCCUGCGACGCAAAUAUUGGAUAAUUCACAGCCGUACCCUGGUUAAGUCCUACAUUCAUACAAUUGCGUU